UUCUCCUCGCUCGCUCUCUCCCAUCCCCCCAAGCCAGUAGCUCUGCUGCGCAGCUUCCUUAGCGGUUGCCCCCGCUAGAGACGGUUGGGAGAACCGUUGUGGGGGCUCUACCCGAGGCGGGCGACUUCUGCUUCCUCACGACCAGACCCCGCGGGCACCGGAGUCGGCGCUACUGUCGCCCGACAGGCAUUUAAAUCAAACGGUAUUGAGAUGGAUUGGGUUAUGAAACAUAAUGGUCCAAAUGACGCUAGUGAUGGGACAGUACGACUUCGUGGACUGCCAUUUGGUUGCAGCAAAGAGGAAAUAGUUCAGUUCUUUCAAGGGUUGGAAAUCGUGCCAAAUGGGAUAACAUUGACGAUGGACUACCAGGGGAGAAGCACAGGGGAGGCCUUCGUGCAGUUUGCUUCAAAGGAGAUAGCAGAAAAUGCUCUGGGGAAACACAAGGAAAGAAUAGGGCACAGGUAUAUUGAGAUCUUCAGAAGUAGCAGGAGUGAAAUCAAAGGAUUUUAUGAUCCACCAAGAAGAUUGCUGGGCCAGCGACCAGGACCAUAUGAUAGACCAAUAGGAGGAAGAGGGGGUUAUUAUGGAGCUGGGCGUGGAAGUAUGUAUGACAGAAUGCGACGAGGAGGUGAUGGAUAUGAUGGUGGUUAUGGAGGUUUUGAUGACUAUGGUGGCUAUAAUAAUUAUGGCUAUGGAAAUGAUGGAUUUGAUGACAGAAUGAGAGAUGGAAGAGGUAUGGGAGGACAUGGUUAUGGUGGAGCUGGUGAUGCAAGUUCGGGUUUUCAUGGUGGUCAUUUUGUACAUAUGAGAGGACUGCCUUUUCGUGCAACUGAAAAUGAUAUUGCUAAUUUCUUCUCACCACUAAAUCCAAUCCGAGUGCAUAUUGAUAUUGGAGCUGAUGGCAGAGCAACAGGAGAAGCAGAUGUAGAGUUUGUGACACAUGAAGAUGCGGUAGCUGCCAUGUCUAAAGAUAAGAAUAACAUGCAACAUCGAUACAUUGAACUCUUCUUGAAUUCAACUCCUGGAGGCGGCUCUGGAAUGGGAGGUUCUGGAAUGGGAGGCUACGGCAGAGAUGGAAUGGAUAAUCAGGGAGGCUAUGGAUCUGUUGGAAGAAUGGGAAUGGGGAACAAUUACAGUGGAGGAUAUGGUACUCCUGAUGGCUUGGGUGGUUAUGGCCGUGGUGGUGGAGGCAGUGGCGGUUACUACGGGCAAGGUGGCAUGAGUGGAGGUGGAUGGCGUGGGAUGUACUAAAAGCAUAACCACACAUAUAAAAGUCCUGACAACAGCAUCUGGUCUACUAGACUUUCUUACAGAAUUACUUUCUUUUGUAUUUUAAGAACUUUAUAAUGACUGAAGGAAUGUGUUUUCAAAAUAUUAUUUGGUAAAGCAACAGAUUGUGAUGGGAAAAUCUGUUUUCUGUAGGUUUUAUUUGUUGCAUACUUUGACUUAAAAAAAAUAAAUUUUUAUAUUCAAACCA